CCAUUACCAAUUCAAGAUCCAAUUUGUCAAAGAAACUGAGGAACCCAUAGAACCAACCUUCACCAUGACUCUAAUUGGGACUAAAAAGGACACUCACAAUCUUCCCAUCACAUUGGUUGAGGAAAUCAAAGGCAAUAAAACCUACUCUUUACUCAUCACACUGGAUUUGGAUAUUGGAGAGCUGACAAUGAUCAACUUCACAUGGAAAAAGACUGCAAUGUGGGCGAAUGUGUGGGACACCUUCCACACAAUAAUUCCCUGGGCCACUGAACCACAAAAUCCACAGUUUAUGAUAAAGCAGAUCAGAGUCAAAGCAGGAGAAACACAGAAAAAAAUGAAAUUUUGUUCUCAAAAUAUGGAUGAUGUACAGCUUUAUCGAAACCAAGAAAAAACUUUUGUGAGAUGUGAAGAAGGUUUAAAACCACAGAAUCAGACACUGAGAUGAAUUUUAACUGAAGAUCCAUCAUGAAGAAUAAACUUUCAUUUAUUGAUACAGUAUAACUUCCCCAGUCAACCUUUAAAAGUCACACAUAAAACUUGGAUAAAAUCUAAAUUAAAAUUUUCUCAGAAGGGGGAGAGGUAAUCUUCACUAUAAUGAA